UCCCUUUUCCAUGAUUUCUCCUCUUUUUAUUCAAACCUCUGCUAAAACUUCCUCUAAAUCUAGCUACCCUCCAUUUUCCCUCACCGAAAGCCACCAUUAAUCCUGCAACUUUUACUAUUUUUGGAAACCCUAAUCCCUUAUAAAUCACUUCUCACCCUAACCCAAUUCCACUCAUCCAAAGUCCCCCUAAAAGCAUGGCUAAACUUACCAAAGUCCUCUACAUUUGGGGUGUUCUAAGCCUCUUUGUUGUAGCUAGUGAGGCCAGGUUUCACCGUAGUAGAGGGUUUGUUAGGACCCCUGGCACAAGGUUCAUGCUCAAUGGGUCUCCAUUUUUGUUUAAUGGGUUCAAUUCUUAUUGGAUGAUGCAUGUUGCGGCCGAGCCUAGUGAGAGAAACAAGGUGUCGACUGUGAUGCAGCAGGCGGCGGGUGCCGGGCUCACCGUCGGUAGGACAUGGGCAUUUAGUGAUGGCGGUGACCAUGCCCUUCAAAUUUCGCCUGGUCUCUACGAUGAACGUGUCUUUCAGGGUCUGGACUUCGUAAUAUCGGAGGCAAGAAGGCAUGGGAUUCGCCUAAUUUUGAGCCUCACAAACAAUUACAAUGACUAUGGAGGGAGAGCUCAAUAUGUGAAGUGGGCAAGAGAUGCAGGGGCUCAUGUUGGAAGUGAUGAUGACUUCUAUACAAAUCCAUUAUUGAAGACAUACUACAAGAACCAUGUGAAGAGAGUGAUAACACGAGUUAACAGCAUCACUAAGAUUGCAUAUAGAGACGACCCCACAAUCAUGGCAUGGGAGCUCAUGAAUGAACCCCGUUGCCAGGCUGAUUAUUCAGGAAGGACUCUGACGGGAUGGGUCCAAGAGAUGGCAGCUUUUGUUAAGUCACUAGAUAGGAACCAUUUGGUGGAGAUAGGGAUGGAGGGCUUCUAUGGUGAUACAAUGCCCCAAGAAAAGGCAAUAAAUCCUGGCUACCAAGUUGGCACUGAUUUUAUAACCAAUAACCUGGUGAGAGAAGUUGAUUUUGCCACUAUACAUGCAUACCCUGAUAUAUGGCUCUCUGGACAAAGUGAUGAGGCUCAACUUGCAUUUAUGCAAAGGUGGAUGCAAAGUCAUUGGAGAGAUUCAAAGAGAGUUCUGAAAAAACCCUUGGUUUUUGCUGAAUUUGGAAAGUCCAAGAAAGACCCUGGAUACAACAUAGGCGCAAGGGACUCAUUUCUAAAUUCCAUUUAUAGAAAUAUUUACCAGUUAGCCAGAAGUGGAGGAACAAUUGGGGGUGGGCUUAUUUGGCAAUUAAUGGCUGAGGGCAUGGAGUCUUUCUACGAUGGUUAUGAGAUUGUCUUGUCCCAAAGUCCCUCAACAUAUGGGGUUAUUUCUGGGCAGUCCCAUAAGAUGUCCGCCCUUGGAAGACUUCAUGGUCACCAUUUAGGCCAUCCAUACACAGGGAAGAGAACAGUGCCUUAAAAAGUGUUAUUUGUUUAGAGUUUAGGGUUUAGGGUUAAAAAAAAUCCGAAUUUAGACCUAUAUUUUAGGGUUUUUUGGAAUUCGGAACUAAUCAGCAAAUCAUAGGUUUAGUGCUUGGGAUUUAGAUGGUUUUUUCAGGAAUUCAGGGUUGUGGGUACACUUUAGGUUUGGGGAUUAGGAUUUAGAGAUUUUUUUUUUUUUAAUUUAGUAUUGUGGGUAUAUUUGGUUUUAUUUACGGUUGGAAAUUGAUUAUUUUCUCCUUUUAUUGUUUUGGGAGAUUGUCAAGGAUUAGGGUUUUGGGGUUGGCCUUUUGAAAUUGAUGUAGCCAAUUGAAUAUGAUAUCCAUUGUCAUGGUGAUGUCAAGCAUGACGUAUGUGAUUCGUUCAUGACGUCUUUUUAAUUUUUUAUUGCAAGAAAAAGUGUCUUACUUGAACUAGUUCCAUGUAAUUUCCCCUUGUUGCUAUAUGAAACA